AUGGAUCUUCAAACGAGAAAUUUUGGUGAAUAUUCUGUUGAUCAUUUUUAUAAAGAAGAGGCAUCUGAUAUUAUUAACAGCACAAAAUUCAAAAUUGGAGUUUUCAGGUAUAUUCAGAAUUGUGCAUUAAUUUUGUUUUAUUUUAGAAAUAUAUUCACUGUUAAAAAUAUUCAAGAUGCGCCUGAAGGAAGUGACCAGCUUUUAGAAGAUUUAAUUGACUACUUCAUUGCAAAGGCAGACAAGACAACCGGUGCUAAAGCAGAAAAAUAUUCAAUAAUUAUACGAAGUGCAGUUCUUGAAAAACCAAUUCAAAUUCCAUACAGAGGUUUUGCGCAAAAUACACCACAAGUUGUUAUGGAACAAUUUGAUUCUGUUGAUCAAAGCGGUAAAAGGAUGGGAAGGCCAUCCCUUUACAGUCAGCCAAUUCAUAUAGAGGUUGAUUUACAAAAUACAAAAAAAUUUUUAUAUUUAGAUUGUUAUGGGGCCUUCUCAUGAAGAGGCUCUUGCUUUAAUACAAAAAGGGAAUAGUGGUAGCGGCAGAAAACCUAGAGAUAUUAUUAAAGGAACAGACCUCAACAAUCUUAUAGAGGUUUAAUAAAUUAUAAAUGAAAAUUAAAUAUUUAAGGUUCGUAACGAUGAUCUUGGUGAGCCUGCCAAAAAUCAUUGCCUUUUGUUGGCUGUUCAACUGACAUUGCUUUAUGUAAACAUGGCUAAAACUACAAAAGAAAAUGUGAAUUUUCAAAGAAUUAUCGCAGGAAAAGGAGCAAAAUCCAAGAUUGAACGAUAUACACUGAUCAAAGAUAUGAUAAUCCAAAUGAAACGACACG